AUGAUCACUGCCGUCAUGCUAGAGCUGCUACAGUCUCGGGCACCACCUGCCCGAGCUGCCGACGGCCAACGGUGCACGAAGGAUAUCUGCACCGUCGAACAGUCCGUCUACGGAUACUAUCCCAACAAGCCCGUGACUCUCGUGCUGAUUGUGCUCUUCGGCCUCUGCAUGAUCGCCCACAUCUUCCAGGCGUUGAGGUCCCGGUCGUGGACAUUCCUCGUCGCACUGGGGAUCGGCUGCUUCGGCGAAGCCACCGGUUAUGUCGGCCGUUUGUUACUUCGAGAUGACCCUUGGAGCAGAUCUUAUCUCGGUAUCCAGCUGGUUUGUCUGACGGUGGCACCGGCUUUCAUCGCAGGCGGAAUCUACCUCACGCUCAAACACGUGAUUAUCAUCUAUGGCUCCCGGUUCUCGCGCCUCGCACCGAGAUGGUAUACUUGGAUCUUUGUAUCCUGCGACAUACUUUCAAUUCUCAUCCAGACAUCGGGCGCCGUCAUCGCAUCCCGAGGCACCGGAAAAGUGACGACCGGAAACAACGUCAUGAUGCUCGGUCUCGUCCUGCAAGUCGUCACCCUCUUAAUCUUCGGCCUCAUGGCCGCCGAUGUCUACUUCCGCAUCCGCAAGUUCUCGGGCGAGCAGCAGCAGCACAGCAGCGAUCAGCCCAACCACGCCCUCCGCGACUCCAAGCGCUUCAGGUGGCUCCUCAUCGCCAUCACCGUGUCCUACGUGGCCAUCCUCAUCCGUUGCAUCUACCGGAUUGCGGAGAUGGCCGGAGGGUGGAGGAACCCCAUCAUGCAGGACGAGGUGUCAUUCCUGGUCCUCGACGGCUUGCUGUGCUUCGUCGCGGUGGUGGUCCUGAAUGUCUUCCAUCCGGGCUUCCUGUUCAAGCAAAGCUAUGCUACCCUCAAGUCGGAGAAGGAUGGGAGUGUGCGGAGGACGCCGUCGGAGGCUCUUGUAGGAAGCGAGCUUAUGACUGGCAAGGUUUGA